GGAAUAGGGGGUCAGAGUCUAGAGAGGGUCGCGUUGUCACCCCCCCUCCUGUGAACACCGAGCACGGGGUUCUGAGGAGAAGGGUGGGAGGAGUUAAAUUUUUGGCUGGGUGGGGGGCGUUCUUGUGGACGCCACGCCCCUACAGGAAGCAAGGGCGCGCGCGCGCGCGCGUGUGUGUGUGUGUGUGUGUGUGUGUGUGUGUGUGUGUCUGUGUGUGUUUAGGAAUAAACUUAGAACGGAGGGGGCAGCCGGGCUGGGCUACCGGAUUGAAAAAUUGGGACAUCACUGGGGCUAUUGCUGAGUGGGAAUGUGUGCUGUCUCUCCUUUAUUCUGAGCCUUAAACAUGUAUAUAUAUUUACGAGGUGACUGAGUUUGGGGCUGCAAAAUGUAAGUGAGGUUGAUUCAGAAAUCAGCUUCCUGGGCCAUGCGGGUUCUAAGGCCUGUUUCAUCUCAUGAGCCUGAGCAGAAGACGGACUGGCCAGUGCUCACAGUGGAUGACUUCCCCUCCCUGAACAAGAGAUGGGAUAGUACCUGGGAUCUGCUUGUCACCAGACUCUGGGCUUAAUAAACCAGCUGAAUGAAGGGAUGUAGCAGACCUUUGGGAGGGACGCUGAAGCCUGUAGUGGGGGGGGAGGGGCCUGGACAUACCCCUUCCCCCCCAGACUCCUCCCCCUCAGAGUCCACUCAGCCAUGGACUUUGGACCUGGCUAUGAGGAGAGAAGCUGCACUUUGUUUGGUGUACCUGACUUGGGAUUCCCAGUUUUGGAAAUGGAGUACUGGAUGGGAGUUUGAUGAUCUCCAGAGGAGCAGCUGAGAGAAGAGAAGAAAGGCACGUUUUCCCAGCAUAUUGUGUCGGCAUCAGCACAUUGAGAUGGUUUUGCUUCUUUUCUUCUACUUCUGCCUUUAAUUGUGUUCUGCAGUCCAGUUGCAUGGGCUGAUCCCUCCAACAGAAUGUUAAAUAGUCGUGUAGAUCUUGGGCAGCUUGGCUUUGCUCCUGACCUUCGUGGAAAUGCCUCUGGUGCUCCUUAUUUAGGUGCAUGGCCACUUCCUAAUCCCGGAGCCCAGAGGAAGCAUCCCUAGAACUGCAGGGGUGUGAGCCAGGCAAGCCGAGGGCAGCCUUGAGCCCCACCCUUGCCUGCCUCCCCCGUGGGGGCCAGGAUGCUGAAGAAGCAGUCUGCAGGGCUUGUGCUGUGGGGCGCCAUCCUCUUUGUGGCCUGGAACGCCCUGCUGCUCCUCUUCUUUUGGACACGCCCAGCGCCCGGCAGGCUGCCCUCAGACAGUGCCCUUGAUGAUGACCCCGCCAGCCUCACCCGUGAGGUGAUCCGCUUGGCCCAGGAUGCUGAGGUGGAGUUGGAGCGGCAGCGGGGGCUGUUGCAGCAGAUCAGGGAGCACCAUGCUAGGUGGAGCCAGCGGUGGAGGGUACCCACUGUGGCCCCCCCUGUGCCACCACGUGUGCCUGUGACCUCUGCGCCAACUGUGAUCCCCAUCCUGGUCAUCGCCUGUGACCGCAGCACUGUCAGGCGGUGCCUGGACAAGCUGCUGCAUUACCGGCCUUCAGCUGAGCACUUCCCCAUCAUCGUCAGCCAGGACUGUGGGCAUGAGGAGACAGCCCAGGUCAUUGCCUCCUAUGGCAGCGCUGUCACACACAUCCGGCAGCCAGACCUGAGCAACAUCGUAGUGCCACCCGACCACCGAAAGUUCCAGGGCUACUAUAAGAUUGCUCGUCACUACCGCUGGGCGCUGGGCCAGGUCUUUGAAAAGUUCAAGUUCUCAGCGGCUGUGGUGGUGGAGGAUGAUCUGGAGGUGGCUCCGGACUUUUUUGAGUACUUCCAAGCCACAUACCCGCUACUGAGGGCUGACCCGUCACUCUGGUGUGUGUCUGCCUGGAAUGACAAUGGCAAAGAGCAGAUGGUGGACUCGAGCAAGCCCGAGCUGCUCUACCGCACAGACUUUUUCCCUGGCCUUGGCUGGCUGCUGUUGGCUGAGCUCUGGGCCGAACUGGAGCCCAAGUGGCCCAAGGCCUUCUGGGACGACUGGAUGCGCCGGCCUGAGCAGCGGCAGGGCCGGGCCUGUGUUCGGCCUGAAAUCUCCAGAACGAUGACCUUUGGCCGCAAGGGUGUGAGCCAUGGGCAGUUCUUUGACCAGCACCUCAAGUUUAUCAAGCUGAACCAGCACUUUGUGCCCUUCACACAGCUGGACUUGUCAUACCUGCGACGGGAGGCCUAUGACAGGGAUUUCCUCGCACGCGUCUAUGGUGCUCCCCUGCUGCAGGUGGAGAAAGUGAGGACCAGUGAGCGGAGUGAGCUGGGGGAGGUGCGGGUGCAGUACACAAGCAGGGACAGCUUCAAGGCCUUCGCCAAGGCCCUGGGAGUCAUGGAUGACCUCAAGUCUGGUGUCCCCAGGGCCGGCUACCGGGGCAUCGUCAGCUUCUUAUUCCGGGGCCGCCGUGUCUACUUGGCUCCCCCUGAGACCUGGGAUGGCUAUGAUCCUAGCUGGAAUUAGCAGCACCUGCGUGUCCCUCCUGGGCCCCCUCCUUGAUGUAUCAGGGGCUAAGAUGGGACUGCAGUCCCUGGGCUGCAUCAUCCUCUGUGUUUCACCCUUGGGUCCAUGUAUCCUUUUUUUUUUUUUUUUUUUUUUUUUCUGUUUUCAAGUGGCAUUCAAGGGCACAGAUGAUAGUUAAGGGUUAUUCUGUUCUCCAGGGGGUCAAAGGAAUCUUUCUGGGGUAAGUCGGGGGGCAGUUAUUAAGCAGGAAACCACUGUGUGGUAGAGAAAGACUUGGCUUCUCGGGCCACAAAAUUCCGUGUUAUAGGUUUCCUCCUAUGACAGUUGCAGAGAGGUUGGCAACUUUUCUCUUGACCAGGCCUCUUUUCUCUGUCCUGGCUUUUCCAGCUAGAGUAUAAGCCCUCCUCCUGUAUGUUGAUACCUUCCCAUACACAUACACACCUUCCCACAGUUGGAGCCUGGGGAUGGGCUGGAUCAUGUGAAGAGGCCAAAAUGAGACUAACCAAAGGGGUUUCAUCAUCAGUGUCCAGGUGGAGCUGUUAGGUUGUCAGGGUUUACUGCCACCUGUCUGUGCUUCACUUCUUCCUCUCUCCUUUAUUCCUGACCUCCUAUCAGCUCUUCUUUCCCUGCAGCCUAGCAAUUCAUGAUUCUAAGAUGAAAAGUUGAAGGGGAAAAGCAAGAUCUCACCUCAGCUCAUCUACCAUUGUGAGGGAAAGCUUUGGGUACUGGGACACCACUCUCAUUCUUGUCAAAGAAACAGACUGUCCCCCAUUCCUUCCUUUCUAAAAACCAAUCCUUCCCCUGUUGCUCUAGGAUGAUGUUUCAUGCUGGCUUGGCCCAUGGCUUCUGGAGGCCCUCUCAGUUUGAGGUAGAGCAGCCAAGACCCAUCAGCCCAGCCUCCUUCCCUUCUCCCCCAAGCAUUCCCCUUUGCACAGAUUAGGUUGCAGAUGGACGGUUCAAGAGCAACACGCGUGUUUUUGUUUCUUGCCUGACCUCCGUUCAUGGAAGAAAGUUGAAGCUACAGAAUUAUUUUCAAAAAUAAAGUAAAGGCUGAAAUUGUCUGAAAAA